AUGUCGAACCGGUACGGUGGUGGUGGCUACCGCAACGGCAACGGCUACGGAAACUUUGGCAGGCGUGAAGAAGACUACGACCCGUACGGCGAUGGCUACACUGGCAGCGACAGAGGCGACCGCCGAGAGCGCGUCCAAGAGACGAACGCCGAACGGCAGAUUGGCCAGGUCCUCGAGCAUAUCAAGCUGGAGUGGCCAGCCAUGUGCCAGACUGACUGUGUGCCCGUCCAACUCGCCCUUCAGCUCCUAGACACUAGCUCCGUCGGCCGCGCACACGAAUACAACAAGUUCCGACAGACGCACGACUACCUACAGAGCUCCCUCAAGGGCAUCGUACACGAGCACCACCAGGGCUUCAACAGCUCCAUCGGAACCUUCCACAAGAUUCAGGGCAGCAUACAGGCGUCGCAGAAGAGAGUGCGCGCACUCAAGGACUCCCUGUUGACAUCCAAAGUCAGCCUGUGCACGUCAGACCCUGAACUCAAAAAGCUCUCGGCUACGUCGCAGUCUUACGAUGAGCUUCUCACAGCCCUGAAUGAGCUUGAGGAGCUGCGCUUGGUGCCGGACCAGCUGGAAGCACGCAUAUCUGAGAAACGAUUCCUGAGCGCGGUCGAGGUCCUGCAGAAUGCGCUGCGAAAGCUGCGGAAACCGGAGUUGGAUGAUAUCGGCGCCUUGAGCGAUCUACGGGGCUACCUUGCCAACCAAGAUACGGCGCUCAUGGAUAUCCUCGUUGAGGAACUUCACGAACACUUAUAUCUCAAGUCACCGUACUGCCAGGAGCGGUGGCAGAACCUGGCCAAGACACAGGGUGCAUUCAAGGAGGGCAACUACGAAUCGAUCACCAUCACGCCCUUUCAUCAAGUCCUGGACGCCAUGGACUUCGAAGUGCCGGUGGCCGAGGAUCCAGCUAAGAAUCCGGAGGCUGACACGUUCUCCUACGUCUCUCUGCUGGUGGAAUCUCUGAACAAACUGGGGAGGUUGGAGAUGGCUGUCGACACUCUGAAGCAGAGACUACCCGUCGAGCUGUUUACCAUUGUCAACGAGACGCUUAGAGAGGUCGACCAACGGCACCCCAGCUCAUUGCGCGGCGGCUCUGCCAAUACUCAAGGGCUGCAUAUCUACGGCAACCGGGAAACGCAGAUGAGAGCGGACGUCAUCUACGACCUGCUAUGGACGUUAUUUGGCAAGUUUGAAGCCAUUGCAGAGGGACAUCGGGUACUCCACGAGUCGAUCAAGGCGCUCAUCCGGCGGGAGGGUGCUGGAAAUAACAGCGCGUUGCUGGGAAGCUUUAAGGAGCUGUGGAAUCUCUAUCAAAACGAGAUUCGCUCCCUCUUGCACAACUAUGUCACAACAGAUGCCGAUGUGUACCAGUUCAGCACAUCACCCAAGAUUGGCACUAACAUCAACGGCAAGAAGGACGCUGCUCGGGAACACCUUUUCAAGUUUGCCGAAGGCGACCCGAAGGCUGUGGACAUGGCCACGGAAUACGAGGCUCUGGAAAGCAUCAUCCGGGCUGCUGUCCCUGGUUUGACGGACACGUCUCGCAAACCUGGCGCUGACAAGAAGCGACCGGGGCUGGAUAUCGGCAACACCAAGAGGGGGGGAGCGGCGGGAUGGGAGAAUAAGCAGACGACCGGCACAUACAAGUCCCUCGUUGAGCCCAGCGUCUUCAACAUGAGCUUGCUUCUCCCGCCUACACUCGUCUUUCUCCAGCGCCUAAAGAUGAUUGUUCCCCCAGGCUCAGACCUUGCCACUAGCACACUGACGUCUUUCUUGGACAAUUUCCUGGUCAACGUGUUCCAACCUCAGCUCGACGAGACUCUCGGCAAGCUCAGCGACACCAUCUUUGGCGAAACCGACACAUUCCUGCAAGAUCAGGAAUGGACACAAGUUGCCAGGCGGCCCGUCUUCAAGGGUACAACGGCCUUCUUUGCCAUUGUCACAGCCUUCUGCCGCAUGCUCGGCACCAUUCCCCACGACCAGGCCUUGAGCACGCUCAUCAUUACUCAAAUGAUGAGAUACUACGAUCGCUGCUUCGGGUGGUACAAGUCGCUCGUGGGCAAAACCCAGGCACAGGCCGGCGAGCCCACGAAGCUGCGCAUGUCAGCGGCCAUGGCCCUGGAAGAGGGCGAAGUCCAAGAGACCAUCAAGCAGCUGUGGACCUCCGAGACCCUGGAGCGCGAGCUCUUGGAGAAGGAAGUCGGCCUGCUCAUUGUGCAGACAAACGAGAAGCGCAUGGAGAUGGCCGACAUCAUCCAGGACAAGGACACCAUCUCGUCGCUUUGUCUCUUGUACACCAGCAUGAAGUGGCUCGCGGUCAAGAUUGCGAGCCUCCGUCACAUCACCCGCAACGAGGCCGACUCGUCACGGCCACACCUGAACCGGGGGUCGAACAAGCGGUGGACGCUUAUGAACGACCCCAACAAAGCCACCAGCGAAGAUGGCCCUGUGUACCUCCCCAUGACGCAGGAAACCGUCCAACACGGCCCCUACCUCCUCGACCAGGAAGUCACCGAGCCGGACCCGCAGAUCCUGACCCUCAACUCGGACCUCGUCCUCUACGACGAGACGAUCGCGCGGUACCUCCGCGCCAAGGAGACGGCCUUCAUCCGCACCGGCCUGGGCCUGCUGAUCAACGCCUACCUCGUCACCAACGCGGCCUUCGUCUCGCCCAUGAACGCAAAGGGCUGCGGCCGCAUGCAGCUUAACAUCCUGGUACUGCAACAGAACCUCAAGAACGUCGAGGAGGGCGUCGACCUCGCGCGCGCGUCAAACUACUUUGCCCUCUUCGACAAGGGGCCCGACGCCAUCGUCGACAAGGCCCGCGAGGACAAGGACAAGGACGAGCACGCCGACCCGUCCGAUACGUUCAACUACGAGGAGCUGCGCACCCUCCUGGAGCUGUGCUUCAGCGAGCAGCUCGCGAACCCGGAGCGGGGGAUCGCGAGCGCCGCCAAGAGGCAGAUGGCCGACAAGAUGCUCGGGCUCAGCGAGCACAUGUGGCAGACGUAG